AAUGGACUCGUCGGAACGUUGGCGUUAAAACCGGCUGCGUUGCAGCGUUCUAAAUUGGAACGCCCGAGGUUUCAACGUUCCAGGCUAGGGUGUCCCGAGCUCCUGCAGAAGCAGCAGUCAUGGCUGUCCAAGUCCGCGUGGUUUAUUGCGGGGCCUGAGGCUACCGUCCCAAGUAUCAACAGCUCAAGAAGGAACUUGAAAAACAGUUCCCAGGCAAGCUGGAGAUCAUUUCUUCUGCACUGAAGACCAUCCAGAAUGGCCCGUACCAAGCAGACCGCUCGUAAGUCCACUGGUGGGAAAGCCCCCCGGAAGCAACUGGCCACCAAAGCAGCCAGGAAAAGUGCACCCUCCACUGGGGGAGUGAAGAAACCUCAUCGUUACAGGCCUGGCACUGUGGCCCUUCGAGAGAUCCGGCGGUACCAAAAAUCUACUGAGCUGCUGAUUCGCAAACUCCCGUUCCAGCGUCUGGUCCGUGAAAUCGCUCAGGACUUCAAGACGGAUCUGCGGUUCCAGAGUGCGGCCAUCGGAGCCCUGCAGGAAGCCAGUGAGGCUUAUCUCGUGGGUCUCUUUGAAGACACCAACUUGUGUGCAAUCCACGCCAAAAGAGUCACCAUUAUGCCAAAAGACAUCCAGCUGGCACGUCGUAUCCGCGGCGAGCGGGCUUAACUCAUUGGCAGCCGAUAUCCGCUCACACAGUGUAUUAGAGUAGACUCUAGGUUUGUUUGUUUUUUUCCUACUCCUGUUUGUAGUGGCUAGGACACCGGGAGAUGUUAUAAGCUAUCUUAGUAGGAUGUAAGCGAUCAGGAGAGUUGAAUCGGAUUGUUCAUAAUGUACAAGCAAAAAACAAAUUGAGAAAUUUACAAGACUUUGAUUUUUUUUGUUUUGUUUUUGUAAACUUUUUUUCAGAAUUGCAAAAAAAAAAAUAAAACAAGGGGGAAACAUUUUUGAAAUAUCUGGUUUUAUAUACAAAACUUAAGUAGAUUUAGGAAUAACAUAAGGAGCUUUUGGUCUUCGGUUUGUAAAAAGAUAUCUGCAAAAGAUCACGCUACACUAUAUAUUUUUCAUUAUUUGAUUUCUUUUUUUCCUUUGUAUUUAGAAUGGGCAUGAUAUUUAAACUUGUUUUCUUAUUUCCAUCUGUCUUGUGAAAUGUGACUUGGACCUUUGUAAGUAUCAGGUUUCUUCACCUUGUGGUGGGAACAAAAAAAAGAAAUAAAUGUUGAACAAUAAC